CCUCAGUUUCUCUUCCUCAUGCACUUUUCACUGUUUAUUUAUUGCCAAUAUCAACCUAUCAAUCAUCUUCUCCUUCAGGUCAAACCAUACAACUGUUUCAUUUCCUUUUCAACUUUCUCAAUUCUUCAAAAACCAUUCUUGAGAAUCUGAAAGAGUUAUAAGUAAGAGUUGGUUCUUUAUAUAAUGGAAGGAAGUUUGGUGGAUAACGGUGGAGAGAGAGUUGGACGUGGGAACAAGGUUGGUUAUGUGAGAAAAGGCAUUGGCAAAAAAAGGAAACAGCUUCUUCGCAGGAUUAGGAGGUCCGACAUGACUGUUUCAAACACACUUCAGCAGCUGUUUCAUUCAUGCACAGAAGCUUUCAAAGGUCCUGCCACUGUUCCUUCUCCACAAGAUGUUCAGAGAUUGAGUCAGAUACUUGAUAACAUGAAACCAGAAGAUGUUGGGCUAAAUAAAGAUCUGCAGUUCUUCAAGCCUGGAAAUGCAGUGAGAGAGAAUCAAAGGGUCACUUACACAACCGUGUACAAGUGUGACAAAUUCUCACUCUGCAUCUUUUUCAUACCUGAAGGAGGAAUCAUCCCUCUCCAUAACCACCCAGACAUGACUGUUUUCAGCAAGCUUCUGUUAGGACUAAUGCACAUCAAGUCCUACGAUUGGAUUGACCCAGAGCUCUCUAAUGACAACCUCAUGCAACAACCAUCUCAAUUGAGAAUGGCGAAGUUGAAAGCUGAUAAGGUGUUCACAUCAUCUUGUGACACUUCUGUACUGUAUCCAACCACAGGAGGUAACAUCCAUGAAUUCAAAGCCAUAACCCCUUGUGCUGUUCUUGAUGUCAUUGGUCCUCCUUAUUCCAAAGAAGAUGGCCGCGACUGUUCCUACUACAAAGAUCAUCCUUGUACUGUUUUCCCAAAAAAAAGGAUUGGUGAGGGGAAAGAAGAAAAGGACAAGGAUAGUUACGCAUGGUUGGAAGAAAUUGAAAUGCCAGAGAACUCAGAAAUGGAUGGCAUAGAGUACUUGGGUCCAACACCAUUUUAGUUUGCUUUAGUUUUUUCAAUAUAUGUAGUAUUCUCAACCUUUUGGUAGUAGCAUCUCACUGUGUACUACUAACGCUAUAUGUUUCCGUAGCAGAACAAUGCAAAAAUCUCAUAUCACUUUCCUCUUUUGUCAA